AUGGCUGGGCCGGCUGGCUCUGAUGCGGCACGGGCUUUCGAUGAUCUGCUGAAGGUCUUCACAGAGGUCGAGGACCUUGCAAACCGUGGCAAGACGCUGGCAAGCAAGGGCGUGGAAGCCAAGGACCUCAAUCCUCCAGAUUUGGAUGACAUUUGCAAGUUUGCAUCUCGCUUGCGGCAUGCUGCUCCGGUCGGCUUCCCUCAAGCUGCAGAUGGGUUUCCAGCUGCACCGCUUCCUUCGGGAUUUUGGCUGCCGUGGCCCACUUUACAGGAGCAGAUGCCGCUCGCAAAGGCCUUGGCCUCCGGAGCGCUGCGUGCGCCGCCGCCCAAAGUCUCGCUGGAGCGGGCCGAUCCUGGCUCCGGUGCUGCUUGGGCGGUGACCAUGAGGCCCUUGCCUCCAGCUUCUGCCGUGCUGUUCACGGCAGAUGGCUCGUUGCCAAAACCCGGCUCUAAAGGAACUCUGCAAGCGCCACAGGAUGGCCCCAUUCUGUUGGGCGAAGGAGGCCAGGUGUUCGCAGUCGCAGUUGCUGCUGGACGUGGCCUCUCGGACAUUGUCACAGUCAGGACGCCCAAAGCGGCGCCCGAGACCUCUGAAGACAGCGCGCUGGGACGCGCGAAGGCCCAUGCCAAGCGACCCGCGGACAACCUGCCGCGGCAGCCCAAGAAGAAGGCAUCGGCACAAUUCCGAGGAGAUUUACUGUUGGAUGAAGACGACGAUGACUCCUGA